CUGCCACUGUAAGUUAUCUACCAUGCAAACCUAUCCUAAAACAUGUUUUCCUCGAGUUUGAGCUGGGAAUCUAAGGUCUUUUAAAAAGGUAGUGAAGCUGGCGGUGAUCCCAGCAGCAAUGGGAUUGGCCUCGUUUCGAGUUUAUGCCAUGAGUCAGGACAAAACAGAGACUGUGCUGCUCUCCCCUAGAGAGUUGUCCAUCUAUGCUCCAGACCCUCCAGCAACUCACUACAGGAAUGAGCAGCCUGGAGCUCUGCAGAGCGGGCUGGGUGUGGUCCGGGUGGGGCUGCAACCAUACGUUACUGCCGUUAAGAAUGCUUAUACCUCUGUCAAGGUCGGAGCUGUAACAGUCUAUACUGCUGGACACGAUACAUACGAGUUCCUGAGAGAUCCUUCUCCUGGUUUUAUGCAGAGGGUCGGUGUAAUCACAGUCUCUGGGUUAGCGGGUCUGAUCCUGGCAAGGAAAGGGUCACGUCUGAUGAGGCUGGGGGUACCUCUGGGUAUGGCCACUGUAGGCACUUCCGUGUGCUACCCCACUCAGACAGUGGGUGUUGUGAAGAUGACGGGGCAGAAGAUGUAUGCAGCAAGCCAGUACACUACAUCAUCUAUGGCAUCAAUAUUUAAAUCAAAGCCCAAAGAAGUAACUCCCCCAACUGUCAGUCUUGAGCAAGCCCCGCAAGCUACCAUCCCUGAGCCAGAAGUGUCAGAGGCAAAGCCCCUCCUUGAAGCUGAAUCAUCUGAACCAGCCACGCCUGCUGUUGACAAGGUUUCCCCCACUAAACCUAGUUCUGCCUCAGGCCCUGCAGAGGGUUCUAUUGACACUGAGCCUGCUGCAGCUGAACCUGAGGCAGUCACAGUGGUGGAGCAAGAGGCUGUUCAGACGGCCCUUGUGCCUGCCCCUGCACCUCCUGUUGAGGAAGCUGCUGCUUCACCUGCUGAAGAGAUUCCUGCACCUGCCCCUGUUGAGGCUGUCCCUGCACCUCCCCCAGCAGCGGAAGUUAUUCCUCUCCCACCUCCUGCUGAAGAGACAGAGCUUCCACCCCCUGCACCUGUUGAGGAGGAAGCUGCUCCUUCACCCCCGGCACCUGUUGAGGAGGAAGCUGCUCCUUCACCCCUUGCAGCAGAAGAGCCUGCCCCUGCAUCUAUAGAGGGGGUUGCUGACCCACCUCCUGUAGCUGAAGAGACUGCACCUGCUCCUGUUGACGAGGCUACUCCUCCAUCUACAACAGAGGAGCCAUCUGUGAUUGUAACAAAAACUGCUGGGAAACAAAAAUUUGCACCAGACCCUAAGCUAAUUGACCUUGGCCAGGCCAGCCCUGAGGAUGCGGACCUGUACAGCACGCGUGGAUGAAGAAUGACAGGAGGAGAAGGUGGGGGAUAUGUGGGAGGGAGGGGAAGGUUAAGGGUAAUCUUCAGAAAUUAAAAAAUAUUAAAGCAACACUUUUUUCAGGUGCCUAUUUCUCUUUUUACCUCAGUGAUAGGACACUGUUAGUCCUAUACAGGCUGUGUCCCGAUUAUCCACCCUUCUCCCCAAGUGUGCAAUUGCACACUACCGGUCAUGGAUUUAACAAUUUGAAUCCAUGUCAGGGAGGAGGAUUGAGAACCAGGUUUCAGCCAUAGUGUGUUGGAAUUUUGACCUCUGGUGUCAUCUGCAGUUUACAUGUAGACACCCACAGGGAACAGGGUACAGGUCAUCAUCUGCAUCCACAGGAACAAACAGACAUCUUUACACCCUACUUCCAGAGCCACUACACAAGGUUUACUUACCAAUACUUACUCAGUGGUCAGUUUAUUAGGUACACCCAUCUAGUACUGGGUCGGACCACCCUUUGUUUCCAGAACAGCCUGAAUUGUUCGUGGCGUGGACACAUUGCUCAGUUGGUAUCAAGGGACCUAACGUGUGCCAGGAAAACAUUCCCCACUCCAUUACACCACCGCCGACACCAGGCAGGAUGGGGCCAUGGGCUGUUUGCGUCAAAUCCUGACUGCUAUCAGCAUGACAGGGAUGGGAUUCGCAGGACCAGGCAAUGUUUUUCCGCUCUUCAAUUGUCCAGUGUUGGUGAUCGCGUGCUCACUGGAGCCGCUUCUUAUUACGUGAGACUGGUAGAACCCUGUGUGGUCGUCUGCUGCAAUAGCCCAUCAUGACAAGGAUUGACGAGUUGUGCGUUCCGAGAUGCAGUUCUACACACCACUGUUGUACUGUGUCGUUAUUUGCCUGUUUGUGGCACGCCUGUUAGCUUGCACGAUUCAUGCCAUUCUCCUUCGACCUCUCAUCAACGAGCUGUUUUCACCCAAAGGACUGAAGCUGACUGGAUGUUUUUUGUUUGUUGCAACAUUCUCGGUAAACCCUAGACACUAAUUUGUGAAAAGCCCAGGAGGUCGGCUGUUUCUGAGAUAUUGGAAUCAUACCAUGCUCAGUCGCUUUGGUCACUCGUUGUGCCCAUUCUAACGUUCAAUCGAACAGUAACUGAACGCUUCACUGCCUGUUUUAUACAGCAAGCCAUGGCCAAAUGAGCGGACCAUUUUCGUGAACUGGGUGGUGUACCUAAUAAACUGGUCACUGAAUGUAUAUUUAUUUGUGGAGCUCGUUAACACUGUUAUACUGUGAAAGAAGUUACUCAAACAAAUUCUGUUACUAACCAAACUGGACCAUUAUACAAUAAGAAUUCAUAAUAGGCUUUUUUUUUUUUUACUAGGGACUUGUCAUUUACUUAGGUCACUGCUACGCUGUCAGUUUUUCUGUCUUGCGUAUUUACCUUCUCCUAUUAGUCAGGUCAGUCUAUGCAAAUAUUUUCCAAGUGGCAUUUUGUCAAGUGAGCUGUUUUAAAACACAUUCAUGUUUUUAUAGCAUUUGUAAGAUCUUAUAGAACUGGAGUUUAACCUUUUUUAAUUUCUAAAAACUCAAUGUAUAUGGAUGCGUGGAGUUUUUGCGCAAGAUGGACACUUCCCAACAAGCCCACAUACUAGAGGCACCUGGAGGACAUGUCAUGUUUGGACUGACUGGUUUGAUAUACUACAUGGCCGAAAGUGGAUUUGGCUAUUUCAGCCACACCAGUUGUUGACAAUCACCUGUCCUUGGGUUGCAACACUCCCUACCAAGUUCCAAACUGCCUCUGGAAGUAACAUCAGCACAAGAACUGUUAGUUGGGAGCUUAAUGAAAUGGGUUUCCAUGGCUGAGCCGCUGUAUACAAGCUGAAGAUCAACAUGCGCAAUGCCAUGCGUCGGCUGGUGUGUUGUUAAGCUCGCCGCCAUUGGACUCUGGAACAGUGGAAACGCGUUUUCUGGAAUGAUGAAUCACGCUUCAACAUCUGGCAGUCUGACGGACAAAUCUGGGUUUGGUAGAUGUCAGGAGAACGUCACCUGCCCCAAUGCAUAGUGCCAACUGUAAAGUUUGGUGGAGGAGGAAUAAUGGUCUAGGGCUGUUUUUUAUGGUUCGGGCUAGGCCCCUUAGUUCCAGUGGAAAAGCUUAAUGCUACAACAUACAAUGACAUUCUAGACGAUUCUGUGCCUCCAACUUUGUAGCAACAGUUUGGGGAAGGCCCUUUCCUGUUUCAGCAUGACAAUACCCCCGUGCACAAAGCGAGAUCCAUACAGAAAUAGUUUGUUGAGAUCGGUGUGGAAGAACUUGACUGGCCUGCACAGAGCCCUGACUUCAACCCCAUCGAACACCUUUGGAAUGAUUUGGAAUGCACACUGUGAGCCAGGCCUAAUUGCCAAACAUCAGUGUCUGACCUCACUAAUGCUCUUGUGGCUGAAUGGAAGCAAGUCCCUGCAGCAAUUUUCCAACAUCUAGUGGAAAGCCUUCCCAGAAGAGUGUAGGCUGUUUUAGCAGCAAAGGGGGAGACCAACUCCAUAUGAAUGAUUUUGGAAUGAGAUGUUCGACAAGCAGGAGUCCGCAUACUUUUGGUCAUGUAGUGUAUGUGUGUUGGAAUCAUUUGAAUGAUGUCCUAGUACUUGAUGUCAGUUUGAAAAUACAUUUAUUUAUUUUUAUUUGAAUAGAGCUAUCAAUGUAAUUUCAUAUUUUUUUUGGUAUUUUACAGAUAGGAGAACAUUUUACAAUUUAACAUGUUUUAACACUUCCCUGAAUUCAGCUGUUGGAUAUAAAUCUUCACUAUGAUAAAGUUUUAUUUUGUGCAUUAGAAUAGCCAAAUAUGGAAUAAAGGCAUUUUUCUCAA